GAUCCCAAACCCAAGGCGUUAACUGAAAAGACCCCUCAUAUCAAAUCCCAACGAUUACUAGAGAAGGUCCGGACGACUUCCAAGUUAGUUACGUGAACCGAGCCUGGAAUUHAAUUGCAUUCAGACCGUUGUUCCGAAGUUGUUGAUUCUGACGCAGAGAAGAAUCAUGAAGACGCGUCGACACAUUCAAGACGACGCCUUGAACGAACAGUCYGUUGAAGUUGAGGGAACUGGUGGAGCCAGACGAUGUAACUUCACAUCCUAUGACGUCACUCGACUGUACGAUGAAGUCAAUACUGUCUAUGACGCGUUUCUACRAGGAAUGAAUGUAUCAGAUGACGGCCCUUGUGUCGGUACACGGAAGGGGAAUGGUCCAUACCAAUGGAUAUCAUACUCACAGGUUCAUGAACGAGCAUCCAACUUUGCUUCUGGUCURCUGGAACUGGGAUGUGCGCCUUCACAAACAAGUUAUGUCGGGAUUUGGUCUAAAAACUGCGUUGAGUGGUUCUUGACUGACUUGGGUUGCCAGAUAUUCUCCAUGAUCUCAGUGCCUAUUUAUGACUCGCAUGGACCCGAUGCAUGUAUUUAUAUCAUAAAAAAAGCUGGUCUCAAGGUUAUAGUUUGCAGUGCAGCAAAAGUCAACUUCCUACUCGAGAAGACAAAAGAUUGUCCAUCUUUAAAGACUAUUGUUGUCAUUGGGGGSCCUGUGGAUGGCUGUACCGUGGCUGAGGCGGAAGAACUGGGGAUUAGGAUCGAAUCUUUUGAAGACACUGAGGAACAAGGCAGAAACAACGCACAUUACAUUAAUCCUCCAAAAUCAAGUGACGUGUACACGAUCAGUUGGACCAGCGGUACCACGGGUUACCCAAAAGGCGUUGUUAUAACAAAUGACAAUAUCGUUACUGAUAUGUCGGCGUACUUGUUUCUAAUAAACCAGUAUAUUUCUUUGAACAUCCUUAUUCUUGUGUCUAUUUCUGAUGCAUAUAUAGUGUCAGGAUGGCCGAGCGGUCUAAGGCGCCAGACUCAAGGUCCCACACCUUCCCAUGCUGCAUGGGGUCGGGCGUUCUGGUCUCCGAAUGGAGGCGUGGAAUGUGACAGCAAAAUGAGUAUUAGAUUAUUUUUUGCAUAUUUUCAGGUUAUUGCACAGAUUUCUCGUAGUAAACUUAAGAAGUGGAUCUUUGAUAUUGCCAUUCAUUCCAAAGAAAAGGACUUGAAGAGGAAGGUGAUUGCCAGAAACACGAUCUGGGAUCGUUUGGUUUUCAAAAAAAUUCAAAAUUUACUCGGUGGUAACGURCGUAUCAUCACCAGUGGAUCGGCACCUUUGUCACCGAAAGUCACAACAUUCAUAAGAUGCGUUAUGGGAUGUUAUCUUCAGGAAGGUUAUGGACAAACAGAGACAACUGCAAUUGUCACUAUGCAGCGCCUGAACGACUUUACAACAGGUCACGUGGGAGCACCGGCGCCAUGUAACCAUGUGAAACUGGUAGAUGUUGAUGAAAUGGGUUACUAUGCAAAGAACGGCCAGGGGGAGAUCUGUGUCAAGGGUCGUAAUGUCUUCAAGGGAUACUUUGAGAAUACUGAUGACACUGCCGACUGCUUUGAUGAGGAUGGAUGGUUUCAUUCAGGGGACAUCGGACAGUGGAAUGAGAAUGGCACUCUGCGCAUCAUCGACAGGAAGAAACAUAUCUUCAAACUUUCACAGGGUGAAUACAUCGCUCCAGAGAAAAUCCAAGGUGCCUAUCUUCAAAGUCCUUAUGUAUCGCAAGUCUUYGUCCAUGGAAUYAGUUUGAAGUCAUGCAUCGUUGGCAUCGUUGUCCCAGACCCUGAGCUACUUCUGCCUUGGGCCAAAGCAAACGGAAUUCAAGRAGAUCUCAAGAAGCUCUGUCAAAACCAGCACAUUUUGAGGAUAAAAUCAUUCAGUUGUACGAGGAGAUCGAAAACGGGGCACAGAAGAAAAAUACCUCUGAUAAAAGAGGAUGGUAGAGGGACAGAUAGUUUUAGGACCAUUUCUCUUGGCGUAUGUAGAGACGACAUUAGAGGGAAUACACYAUGAGUUAUAUGAGCGAAGUAUAUACACUUUUCAGUGGUCAUGAUUCUAAGAGAUACACAACUUGAUCCCUGAUCCUGGCCGAUUAAUGAAAAACGGUGAUCCAGCGCAUAGGCGGAUCCAGCUGGUGGGUGCAGGGGGUGCGCACCCCCCCCCCCCCCCGAGAUCUGUAUCCUUCAAUACUUUCCUUAUUUURURUCUUCAUGGUAAUGAUUUUUUUGUGGGGUGCACACCCUACUGAGUGCCCCGCACCCCUCCCWGAGRAAAMUCCUGCAUCCGCCCCUGCUGAGCGAUACAUUCAAAUGCUUGAUCCCAWUUGAUCCAUGAUCACAAGCCUAACACAGUAAUCCCGUCAUCACUAAUCYCUUAAAUAACUCUAAUCCCAAUACUCYAGUCCCAGACCCUUUUUUGGCCGCUCCGUUGUCCUGCGAMMGACAGUUCGACGAASCGAGCUAAAAGGCCUGGGACUGAUAUCACAUCGGAUUAACUGGCCACUGAGUCGUGUAAUUCCUGGCCAAACCAUAGUAUCAACGACAAAGGKCGCCCUKUUUASAACUGCGCAACUUUUUUAUAUAYAUAUUAUARCUUUCAUAUGUUCCAUUUGCAUGUAAAACAUGAUCCACUUGUAAGCCGUAUUUUGGGCUAGCUUUCUUAAUCRAUAUAUUAAAACAGUAGACAAGAAAUAGAGGAAACGACUAGAAUAAAUAAAUUUGUAGCAAGUUUAGGUUUAUCAUUUAUGUAAGACUAUCAUAUUAAAGCUGCUCUCUCCAGUAAUAAAAAAAUGAAUAUAUUCUGA